UCUUAACCCUAAACUUCGCUGCGGGUUGGAGAAGUAGUUCUUGUAGGCAUGAGCCUAUACUGACGUAGACACACGAGCUGUGCCACCUUCUACCUGACUACAAUACUUUUAAUCCUGAGUCCGACCGCUCACCCUGCUCAUCUGUGGCAUCCGCUCAGUCUGUAGGUUAAAGAUUGUUCUGUCAGCAUGGAGGAUUCAUCAGAGCAGUCCCACUGGGUGUCCCCAGCUCUGCUCAGCUCAGAUCCCCUGGCCGGUUUCUCCUCUGAGCCUGGACUGCUGCCUCCAGGAGAAGAGGGAGAGCCCUUCUUCUCUGGCCAGGACACAGACUACUCCAGCCUGCCCUCCUUCUUCUCCAACCCAAGCCACACCCGAGCACCAUCCACCUACAGACACAGCUCAGUCCGUCAGGUGUUCACCUCUCCAAGCCUCCUGAGCAACCUCCAGCUGCUGGACGGUCCGGGCAGCCACUCCCUGAGCUCACCUUACAACUCCUCAGCCUCCACCUGGAGCAGCAGCCCCCUCACCAAGACCCCGCUGCACUCACACACCCCGACUUCCCUCUACACCCCGGGCAUCAACUCUUCCUUCACCACCCCCAGGGACGGAUACUCGUCUCCGAGUAGAGAUGGCAGAGAGAGUCCCCAGCUUCAGGAGGCCUUAAAGGCUGAGCGCCUGAGCCCACUGGCGGGAUCAGGGACCAGCAGCAGUUUUCUGAAUCUGACCCCUGCUAGUGGGAGUGUGUACACUCCGGUAUCCCACUCCCACCCACACAUGCUGAGCCCCUAUAGUUCGUACAUGACAGGUGUACAGGACUACAACUCUGCUGCCCUCUACUCCAGCCCUGGAUCCUGGCUCAACCCCUCAUACUCACCUAAACUCCACAAUAAGAUGCGGAUAUCCACUCCAGAGGCCAGAGAGUGUGUCAACUGUGGGGCCACAGCUACCCCAUUAUGGCGCCGGGACGGUACCGGCCACUACUUGUGUAACGCCUGUGGACUCUAUCACAAGAUGAACGGCCAAAACAGACCACUAAUCCGUCCCAAAAAGAGACUGAUUGUCAGCAAACGGGCCGGCACACUGUGUGCCAACUGUCACACAAGCACAACAACACUGUGGAGACGCAACGCCAAUGGAGAGCCUGUGUGUAACGCGUGUGGACUCUACUUCAAACUGCACAAUGUCAACCGGCCCCUCACCAUGAAAAAGGAUGGCAUUCAAACACGCAACAGAAAAGUGUCCAGCAAGAACAAGAAGAGCAAGAAGGCCGCCAUGUUUGAGCCGUACUCAGAGGUGGGUCAGCCGUCCUCCCUGGAAGGGAACGGUGGGCCCUUUUCCCUCGGCCCCGGAACUCUCCUCACCUACAGCCACACACCUCACCUCAUGCCAACACCAUCCCUACAUCCCUCCGCCUCCUUACCCUACACACACCACCUCAACAAUGGCAUGGUGCCCACACUCGUGUGAAAUGCCAAAACAGGCACCCGAAAGCUGUGUAUAUUUAGGAAUUAGCUCGCUUGCUUGCUUGCCAGUUAUUUGUGUGAAUUUGUACAUAUGUGUUUCUACACUGGGUGUCAUGUGAAUGAGUUUUUCUGUUUAUUUCCACUGUGGGGGAAAACACCAACUCACGUAAUGAAAUUGUUUAAGCUGUAAAUACAAACACAAAUAUGAUUUAACUACCAUAUCCAGGUUGUAAUUCAUCUCCUGUUAUUCAUAAUGUGAAUAUAUACUUAUACUUUGGUUUUGUGUUACACAGAUACGUUUGUAUUUGUAAAAUUGAUAUUACCUUAUUGUAACUGUGCAGAAAAAAUAAUAAAAAAUAACUGAUUCUGUUGGAGUCAUGAAAGCUU